AUGGGUGACACAAAUUACUGGGUGGUGGACUAUGAGUUCUCCUCUUCACCUCCGUUCCCCAGGGGUAGCUCUGAUGUGGACCCUAUGGAGGGGCAUGGGGAGCAGGGCACGGCCUUCUGUCUGGUGGGCCUCUUGGUGUUACUGCUGCUGUUCCUCAUGGUGCGAUGUGUCCGAAUCCUUCUGGACCCCUACAGCAGCAUGCCGGCCUCAUCCUGGACCGAUCAUAAGGAGGGUCUAGACAGAGGACAGUUCGACUAUGCUCUGGUUUAG